GCGAUCUUCCUGCCUCAACCCGCAAAGAGCACGCGAUGUCACAGCUGAUGUAGUCUGGCUAAUUCCAAGACUUGUCGAGGCAGAUGGAUCAUCUAUAGCGGAAGUUGAAGGGCGGGCAGGUCUCGCCGCCUUUGGCCCAAUCCCUUUUCGUCUCAUCUCUACUUCAUUUCAUCCUCAAUUCAUCCAUUCCACCCCUCGUGCUGCUCGUGAGUAGAGUAUAUAGAUACUAAGGUUUACCCCGCCACGACCUAUAAACUUACACCGGAACCCAUCUACAACAUGUCAUCACUACUUCGAGGCACUUCUUUCAUCACCGGCGCUGCCUCAGGCAUCGGCCAACGAACAGCCCUGGCCUUUGCAAAGAACGGCAUCACGCGCCUCGCCCUUGCCGAUGUUAACCGCGAGGCUCUGGAGGCAACAUCAAACCUCAUACGACGCCAGUACCCCGCUUGUGAAGUCCUCGGCCUUCCGCUUGAUGUUCGCAACGUUUCGGAGGUCAAGCACGGCGUCGCCGAGGCGGUGUCGCGCUUCGGCAGACUGGACGUCGCUGUGAACAAUGCCGGCAUCGGAGGCAGCGGCCGGCCCACGCACGAGGCUGAUGAAGACGAAUUCGCCAGAAUCGUCGAUGUCAACCUACACGGGGUGUCGAGAUGCCAGCGCGAGGAGAUCAAGGUCAUGUUGCAUCAGGAGGACCUGGGCUUCCGGCGCGGCCGCGGCGCCAUCAUCAACGUCGCUUCCGUCCUCGGCGUCGUGUCGCCGGCGCCGUUCAUGUUCCAAACAGCUUACUCGGCCUCGAAGCACGGGAUCAUGGGCUUGACAAAGAGCGACGCCAACACGUACGGCCCAUGCGGCAUUCGAAUCAACGCGAUCUGCCCCGGCUUCAUUGCGACCCCGAUUAACCUCACUCUCGCAGAGGAGUCUGGCGGUGCGCUGGCUCGCUAUAUCGAGGACACGCCGCUCAAGCGUCUGGGCACGGCCGAGGAGGUUGCUGAUUGCAUUACAUUUCUUGCUUCUGAUAUGAGCAGUUUCAUGCAAGGGUCCGGUCUUGUUGUUGAUGGUGGACUCGCGGCUCAUUAGCCGGUAUGGGGGGUUGAUGUACAGGUGGGGUUAUCCAUCUGGCUUUGAGCAACUCUGUUUCACUAGCACACAUAAGGUAUCAACAUUGUAGUGUUUUGAACAGCUUUGGGACAAGUUGCUCUUUGUAGGCAUUACUCUAAACCCACGAAAGCAAGGCAUCA